ACGAAAUUUAUUUUGCAGAAUUUUUGUAUCGACAUAAAUAAUAGAUUCGAAAGCUUCUCUCUCUCUCUCUCUCUCUAUCUCUUUCUCUCUCUUUCUCUCUCUCUAUCUUCUCUCAGUUUUUUCUUCCACCAACGAAAGCAUGAGAAAAAUGCAUGAAAACGCUCGUGGAAGUCCCUUUUCCUCGUGUUUCUGGUCGUAGACGAAAACAGCAGCUCUGUGUGUCUCCUCAUGACACAAAUAUCUUCUCGCCAAGCUGGAAUUUCGCUUUUCCUUUUUCGCCGGCUCGGUGAAAUGCGUUUUCGUUUUUCCCCUUUUCUUCCCUCCUCCUCACAUCCCCUUGCCAUGGUCCAGGCUCAAACACCCUCUUCCCCUUCCCACUCCACGUCUUAGUCGCUUCUCUUAAAGCUUUUACCUCCAACCGAGAGAUACGCUUCGAUUUCUUUCGGAUAUAUUGCAUCGGAUCAUCAUUUUCUAAUCUUUUGUUUGUUUUUUAUAUUUAUUUAUAUUUAUUUUUGAUUGUCGGUGUUGUUGUUGUUGUUGCUGUUGCUGUUGCUGUUGCUGUUGUUAUCGUUAGCUAUCGUCGUAACGAUAGAUAUUGAAUGAACACAAUAUCAUUCUGUUGUUCUCGUUAGUAACUCGAUAUUACAUUGUAAACAUUAAUAAACGUCCUCUUGUUCUUUCUCCGUAUAUAUUCGCAUUACAAAUAAUUUCUAUGUAAGAACACGCUCGUAUAUUUUCGUCGAUAAAUAUAUUAUAUCGUUUGAAACGAUAUUUGGCAUAUACCCCCGUUAACUUUGUGACCGCGACAUAGCUAUACGUAGAUUCUACGCCAGUGAAAAACUAAACUUUGGCACGCACACCGUCGUUCGCUUGGCUUAGCGCGAGCGAAGCGAUAGCUCCCUACAAAACGAAUUCGAAACUUACUUACCACCUUCGCUACGAAUGUCUGCCCACACAAAUUUAUUUGUAUUUCGGUCAUUUACGUAUAGACGCUCUUCGAAAGUCGCGAGAAAGCAUCGACAAGUAUCUCUCGUCUAUCUUACCGUGCUUAUCUGUACUCCCCUAUCGAAGAUCGUAUUUUCGUAUUACUGUCAUCCCGAUAAUUAAAGAAUUCAUUUAAUUGAGAUAAAAUCUGAUCGAUCAAUUUAACCGCGAUCUCGUCGGUCACGAAUUCGAGGAAGAGAAUUAUUUUGAAAAGGAACUUUUGUGUAAUUCCGAGAGUCACCAUUCGUACGUACAAUACGUUUAAGAAAUAUUAUUUGUUGUUUGUUCAUUGAGAGAAAAAAGAGGAAGAAGGAGAGAGAGAGAGAGAGAGAGAGAAAAGAAAAGAAAUAUCAACAAAAACCUCUCUUCGUUUUAUCGUGUGACACGGUGUAUGAGGUAAAGAAAAGAAAGAAAAGAAAAAAAUAAAGAAGAAAAAACAGAAAUAAUUCUCUUUAUCCGCACACACAAACACACACGCACACACACACUUACGGGCGGAAAGCAGAGCAUAUAACGAUGGAAGCUCAAAUAUGAAACUCUUCGUCCCAAAUAAAAAGUGUCCGUUCGAUAUAAUAUAAAUACGUGCGAGAAUUAAGCUUCCCGGAAUAAUUUCUUUGCAACGUGGCCAAAAACAGGUAAUCCUUGCCAAGAGGAUGGGGGCCCACGAUGGGGGAGUGCCACUGCUCUAACAUCGCUAUCAUGCAGCUGUUCCACGAGCUGAAGCAGCAGUUCCCUGCGCUCCCUGAUUACGUCGUCUCCCAGUGCAUCGCACAGAACAGCCACGACAGGGAGAUAUGCGCGAGAAGUCUACGAGCAACCCAAGAAUCGCGUCCAACCCCGGGCGCUUUUCCACUGCCCCCACCUGCUGCUGCUGUUGCUGCUCAACAUCACCAUCAAUCGCAUCAUCAGCAGCAACAACAGCAGCAUUAUCAGCAACAACAACAACAACAACAACAGCGUUGCUGCGCAAUGAAUCACCAAUCGGCGCAACGUAUUACGUCGAAUGGCAAUGGUUCGCGACCUCCUAGGCCAGCCUCAUUGGACAUCGGCGUGGCACGACGUUAUCCUAUUGGCUGUUCACGUACCGCGGCAUCCGUAACUACGAACGAACCACCUGCACCCUCUUCCGCACCUGCGGCUUGUAAAGCACGCGGUUUUUUCGAUGACGUCCCGUCUGCAAACACCAAUGGCAACAAUUGCUCAAGUAGCAAUGUUGCUCCUGGAUUCGAACUCAACGUUAAUGUCGCCUGCAGUCCUGCGGGCAACCGCGACUUCCGAACGGUGCCGACAAUCGGUACAUGUAAACGAAGCGACCUCGUUGUCGAACCCCGACCCCAUUACGCGGAACCUCAGUUGGCUGUAGGAAAAAACGCUGGGCAAUUUGAUCACGCGCGAAGUUACACAUCGGUAAGCUUGACACUGAGGCCACCAUCGUCAGAACCACAACCACCGAUCGACAUCAGGUCGCAAGGUUCGAGUUUAACAUAUUCGACCUCGUCUUUGGACCCACGAGGAUUUCAAAGCCGCUUGCAGAUUAGCAUCGGCCCGGGAAGCGUUGGCAGUGUAGCUGCAGCAAGAAUCAGACCACCGAUGGGUCCGGCCAGGCCUAAUAGUCUGCUUCCCCCCGCUCAAAUUAGUCCUCAGAGGCCUCCAGGACUUCCUGCCGGACCUCCGAGUCAAUUGCCAAGGCCGACGACAACAAUGAGUGCCCCGACUACGCCUUCGGUUCCAACAAUAACGAAUAUUAUUUCGUCUAAUAGUCUCCCUGCGACUCCGUCUGAACCAACGGCAAUCUCUCCUCCCUCUAGUCCCGUUAAAGAAAAACCGUUAAUCGGCCAGGAUCAAAAUCGUUCGCCGUUAAACCAAGUGGCUGAACAUCAAAGAAAACUGGUCGCUGAACAAUUAGCAAGGAAGGAAAGGCUUGCCAAGGAAUUAAGAGCUGAAAAGGGACGACUCGAAGCAAUGAAGAAAGAACUGCAGUCUUUAGCGAGACCCCCAGAUUCUUCGAUAUCGCCUCAGGAACUGAAGAAAAAAUUACGAAGCGAAAUUUACCAAUUGCAAAUCGAAUGCGAUAGACUUGCAGACGAAGUGGAUCAGUGGUCGGAUCCACGAGUACCUUUAGGUGAAACAAAUGAAGAAUUUUAUCAGGGCAUUUAUACCGGUCAACCUUUUCUACCGUCCUCUCAUCUGGCACCACCGUCGUUAUCAAAUCAGCCACCAGUUUGGCAACCUUCUACGGGUACUGCCGAUGUAAAUGAUAGAGAAGAAGAUAGAGAUGGGCCUUCGUGGGUCUGUAGGAUGUGUACUUUUGAUAAUCAUCCGUUGAUGAAUAAGUGCGAACAGUGUGACAUGCCGAGACUUUUGGAUCAUGGCAAUGCAGGUAGGGUACAUGGAUUGCCGCUUGAACAAGCCAAUACGUCAUCGUAUGUCCAAUUUAAUAAUCUUCUACAUGGUUUGUUCGAUCGAACGAAUAAACCAUCCUAACGGCAUGUUUUUUAAUUUUUUUUUUUUUUUAUUUUACAACCAGUUUUGAAUGAUUUAUUGAGUGAUUAAACUAAUACCAAGAAUUUAUCAAACCAUUUACUAAUCUUUUAGAUAACUAUCUCUUUGCAGUUUUAUAUUACCUUAUGAAAACACUCGAUCAAAGGUGAUCUUAAUUUUUAACUUGUUAAUCGGGAAUAUUUACGAUCGGUUAACUUGUGAAUUUCUUUGAUUAAAUAUUUGAUAAUGUUGAUAAGAAGUUUUAGACAAAAAAUGAAUGAUUUAAAUGUAUGUUUCUUUAAUAGAAGUGAGAAACAAAUGAUUUAUUUAUUCUUUUCUUCAAUACUGAUUUAUUUAUUCUUUUCUUCGAUAAAUGAAGAGAGUUAAAGAUAAAUCUUUGCAAAGAGAUAAAUAGCCCGGUUAAGAGGUUAAAACAAUGUGAUAAAAUUUUGUUGAAGUAUUUGAUUUUUGUCAAGCUCUAAUCAUUCGUAAUUUUAAUGAAUUUAUUAUUGUACAUAAUUUCAGCGAAUUUGUUGUUGUAUUUAUAGUUAUUAUAACGGCUCGUACGUAUUUCUAAUCAGUGAAUACAGUACAAUGAUGGAAAGAA